CCUGAGAAUAUUAGGAAAAUAAAUUCCAUGAGUGACUACCCUGCUGCCUUUGAGAAGAAGGAAAUUGAAGCCGCAUUCUUUGUUGCGCCUCAUGCUAAAGUAUUUCUAGCAAAGUACUCGUGUAAGGGCUUCAUCAAAGUGGGGAACAUUUUCAGGCUUGGCGGCUUUGGUUUUGUAUUUCCAAAAGGUUCAAGUCUAGUUGCUGACAUAUCAGAGGCAUUGCUGAAUGUGAUAGAGAGCGGAGAAACAGAACAGCUCGAAAAAAAUAUGUUGAACGAGAUAGAGAGUGAAAGCAAAGCCAAUUGUUCUUCUUUAGAGAGCAACAAGGGGAAAAAUAAUUCAUCGAUAGGCCUUCAGCCUUUCCUUGCUCUGUUUUCAAUCUGUUCUUUUUUUGCUAUUCUUGCGUUGUCAUAUCACAUGAUUUGUUGUUAGUGAAGAAUGUAGAAACUUUGAGAAAACACACAGUUUUAGCAUUAACACGAUUAUGGAGAUGUACAAGCAAGUUUUUUGCUUGGUGCCGUUCGAAACUCCAAUCAAGAAUCUUAAGAAGAGUAAGAAAUAACACAGAAACAAGAAAUGCAUCAGAGGAGAAUGUCACUAAUAGCCAGCAAAUUCUAGUAGUGGUUGAGUUUGUUGAUAAUGUACUGGCUGCUCAUGCUUCAUGAACAAUGUUUGUACAAUAUAUUAUGCCGAUACAUUUUAAGAUAUUAUGACAGGUGUGUGAUUCA